AUGUUCAUGAAUGAGGAGAGACCACCUCAACCUCACCAGGAUAUAAUAUCAGGUUGCGAUGGCAAAACUGUCCGGAAAGACCUAAGAGAGUAUUUGUUGACAUCCACAUUGCAUGGUCUCCGAUACGUGGGAGAGAAGAAAUUGACUUGGUUUGAAAGAUUCUUCUGGUUAGGAGCAUUCAGCUGCUCUAUAGUGUGCGCAGGAUUCUUCAUCCUCAACGUUUACGAUAAAUGGCGAAGUUCGCCCAUGAUCGUGAGCAUCAACCCUGAGAACAUGGCUCUUCAGAACCUGCCCUUUCCGGCCAUCACUGUUUGCAACGUCAAUCAGGCGAAGAAAAGUGUCGCGGAACGAUAUAAGAGUGACGGAGAUCCGGUAAACAAGAAAUUACUGGAAAGCCUAUGCACAACACAGGAAGACACAGAAAUAUUUGUAAGCGACGUAGCUCAAAGCGCCGAUUGGGACUAUUUCCGCUCCUUCUUAAUAAAUGUAACCCAGCCAUGUAGCGAGAUGUUAGCAAUGUGCAUUUGGGACUCCGGAGAAAUGAGUUGCCAGGACCUGUUCAAUGCUCAACUGACGGACGAAGGCCUGUGCUGCACCUUCAACGUCGUCCAUCGCAACAAACUGUUCCGCAAUCCCAAAGAGUUAAACGAUAUGAAUAUUACGUUCCCGUUAACACCGGUUGAUUGGACUCCCGAAGGCGGGUACCCGGCCGAUGCACCGUUCAACGGUUUUCCAUGGAGACCUAGAGGUAUCGGGACUGAUCAUGGUUUGACAUUGGUUUUGGACGCGAACGUGGCCGAAUAUUACUGCGCUUCCACGAAAAGUCCUAGUUUUAAGAUCCUUCUGCACAAUCCCACGGAAACGCCAAACAUCGCGAAUCUGGGAGACAUAUACGGUCUAGGCAUAGAAGCUCGUAUCGCCAUCCAACCUCGAAUCAUGGACGCAGCUCCCUCUCUGCGGGGCAUCGAUAUCAGUAAGAGGGUGUGCCUGUUCUCCAGUGAGAAAAACUUGGUCUUCUACAGAACUUACACCUUAAAUAACUGCGAGAUGGAGUGCGAAGCUCGAAAUAUGCUGGCUUUAUGCAGAUGUGUGUUGUAUUACAUGCCUAGCCGUCAACUAUCUUGUGAGGAGUGCCUACCAGCGUGCACAGAGAUCUCAUAUAGCGAGCGAAUGAGCUCCGCCAGACUGAGCCCGGAGAUGGUCAAGCAAUAUGCCAAGCGGCUCAGCGGGAACAAGACCGCUGAAUACGUUACAAAGAACAUGCUUAUAAUCCACUUUUACUUCGAGGACCGCACUUUUACAAGGUUCACCAAAGGUGAAAUAUUCGGCCUGACGGAAUUUUUGUCGAACACUGGAGGACUACUAGGCCUGUGCAUGGGCUUCAGCAUGAUGAGCCUAGUAGAACUGAUCUACUACGUCACGCUACGCGCCCUUUGCCAUCCGCGCCGGAGGCCUAAGCAUCACUUCACACAAUAACUCUGCGUGGAGACGUUACGUUUAAGAACGUAUUUUUAUAUAUAGAAGGGAUUUGUUCUACCCUCCGUAAACUUUGUCUAUUAAAGCUAAAGUACACCGCCAGUACACGUGCUUCAAAAUAUUGGAGCCGUGCAUGCACACAUCACGCAAAAUGUCGCCUUUUAUAACGAUCUGCAUAUUACAACGCGCGUGCCCGUCUACAGAGAGACAUCCGGUGUGCGCAAGCUUUUAAAUAUACUUAAUUACUGUAAACUCAAUUGAUUCAAAUACUGUUAUUUGAAGUACAUAGUUUAAUGAGA